AGGCGAUCCAAAGAGGAACGGAAAAUACAAACAUUGAAACGCAAUUCCACGUGAAGAAGCAGGCACUUUAGGAGUACUCAAACAAGUCAAUUCCAUUCACCAAUUACCAUCGUCGUCUUGCUCUUUCUCCCCGCUCUCAUCAUGAUUUCUGACGGCAUUGAUGAUGAAGAGAAAUGGCUUUCCUCCGGCAUCGCCGGUCUUCAACAGAACGCCUUCUACAUGCAUCGUGCUCUGGAUUCCAACAAUGUCAAGGAUGCCUUAAAGUACUCGGCUCAGAUGCUCUCCGAGCUCCGUACUUCCAAACUCUCCCCUCAUAAGUAUUAUGCUCUUUAUAUGCGAGCAUUUGAUGAGUUGAGAAAAUUGGAGCUCUUCUUUCAUGAAGAAACCAGACGAGGUUGUUCCAUCAUUGAACUCUAUGAGCUUGUACAACAUGCUGGCAAUAUCUUACCUCGACUAUAUCUUCUAUGCACUGUAGGAUGUGUAUAUAUUAAAUCAAAGGAAGCUCCUGCAAAAGAUAUUCUCAAGGAUUUAGUAGAAAUGUGUCGUGGCAUCCAACAUCCUCUGCGAGGGCUGUUUUUGAGGAGUUACCUUUCUCAAGUUAGUAAGGAUAAAUUACCUGAUAUUGGCUCUGAAUAUGAAGGAGAUGCUGAUACGGUCGCAGAUGCUGUUGAAUUUGUGUUGCAAAAUUUUACUGAAAUGAAUAAACUUUGGGUGCGGAUGCAAUACCAGGGACCUGCACGGGAGAAGGAGAGAAGGGAAAAGGAGAGGAGCGAACUUCGUGAUCUUGUUGGGAAGAAUCUGCAUGUAUUAAGUCAAAUUGAAGGAGUUGAUCUUGACAUGUACAAGGAUACAGUUCUUCCUAGAGUCCUUGAACAGGUCGUCAAUUGUAAGGAUGAACUCGCUCAAUUUUAUUUGAUGGACUGCAUAAUUCAAGUAUUUCCUGAUGAGUACCACUUACAAACACUUGACACGUUGCUGGGUGCUUGUCCUCAGCUCCAGCCAUCAGUUGAUAUCAAAUCAGUCCUCUCCAGCUUGAUGGAAAGGCUUUCAAAUUAUGCUGCUACAAGUCCAGAGGUAUUGCCUGAUUUCUUACAAGUGGACGCCUUCUCGAAAUUAAACACUGCUAUUGGGAAGAUCAUAGAAGCACAAGCAGAUAUGCCUAUUCUUGCUGUUGUAACAUUGUAUUCAUCCCUUCUUACCUUCACAUUGCACGUCCAUCCAGAUCGAUUUGAUUAUGCGGAUCAAGUAUUGGGAUCAUGUGUUAAGAAGCUCUCUAUUGUUGGGAAACUUGAUGACAGCAAGGCAGCAAAGCAAAUUGUUGCACUUCUAAGUGCCCCACUGGAUAAGUAUAAUGAUGUUAUCACUGCUUUGAAGUUAUCUAAUUAUCCUUGUGUGAUGGAGUACCUUGACUAUGAGACAAAUAAAGUGAUGGCAAAGAUAAUCAUUCAAAGUAUUAUGAAAAACGAGACUCAUAUAUGUACUGGUGAUAAGGUUGAGGCAUUGUUUGAAUUAAUAAAAGGGCUUAUCGAGGGCACAAAUGGCACUGUUCCUGAUGAGGACGAAGAAGACUUCAAGGAAGAGCAGAAUGCUGUAGCACGCCUCAUACAAAUGCUGCACAAUGAUGAUCCAGAAGAGAUGUUUAAGAUUAUAGAUGUAGUGCGGAAGCAUAUAUUGACGGGUGGAGUGAAGCGUCUAUCAUUUACUGUUCCACCCCUUGUUUUUUCCUCUCUAAAGUUGAUUAGGAGGCUCCAGAACCAAGAUGCAGAAAACCCCGGAGAUGAAACAGAGGGAACGCCAAAGAAAAUUUUUCAGCUAUUGAAUCAGCUGAUUGAGGCCCUUGCAAAUGUUCCAGCUCCGGAGCUUGCGCUACGGCUGUAUCUGCAAUGUGCUGAGGCUGCCAAUGACUCUGAUCUGGAACCUGUCGCCUGUGAAUUCUUCACUCAAGCAUAUAUAUUAUAUGAGGAAGAAAUUUCGGAUUCAAGAGAACAGGUCACUGCGUUAUACCUAAUAAUAGGUACCCUUCAAAGGAUGCAUGUAUUUGGUGUUGAGAACAGGGAUACGCUGACCCACAAAGCAACAGGGUAUUCAGCAAAGCUUUUAAAGAAACCUGAUCAAUGUAGAGCUGUUUAUGCAUGCUCUCAUCUUUUUUGGGCAGAUGAUCAGGACGGUGCAAGAGACGGAGAGAGGGUUCUACUUUGCUUGAAGAGGGCUCUAAAAAUUGCAAAUGCCGCUCAACAGAUGGCUAAUGCUACACGUGGUUGUGGUGGAUCAGUAAUGCUUUUCAUUGAAAUCCUCAAUAAGUACCUUUAUUUUUUCGAGAAAGGGAACAACCAGAUCACUGUCAAUACAAUCCAGGAUUUGAUGGAAUUAAUUACCACAGAGAUGCAAAACGAAAAUGCUACGAAUGAUCCUGCAGCUGAAGCUUUCUUUGCAAGCACUUUGCGGUACAUUCAAUUCCAAAAACAAAAAGGAGGUGCCGUGAGCGAGAAAUAUGAGCCUGUAAAAGCAUGAAUUUGUAAUUUUACUACUUAGGGCACAUUACUGUGUAGCACAAGUCCACUUCACUGUGUUUUCUGUAAUCAGUUAGUUGGAUCGCCUGAAGGAGACUUUUUGCUUGUGUUCUUUCUGAGAGCUGUGUUUUAGGGUUUCCGGUGUUAACAUCGAGGUUGUUCACUCAAUCUGAGAUUCUCGUCAAUUUGGUGUAUGUAAGCAACUUCAUUUUACAGCAGUAAAGGGCACGGUGAUUUUGGUUUUUGUAGCAAUAAGUGCUGAAUUGUUGUAUAAUUUUUCUUAUAAGAAAACAAAAUUAUGGAUCGACUUUCUA